ACUCAAACAAGUGCAGGAAGCCGAAAGCGAGUGUUACAGAGGGAUUGAGAGGGAAGAGAGUGAGAGGGAAAAAAUAAAAUAAAAAUAAAAAAAGAAACAGGACAUUGGAGUCACAGAGGAGGAAUGUGUUAUCAGGAGACAGGGCUGGAUGCGCUUUGCCGUCGCAGGUAGUAGGCGAGUGAGAUGGGCGUUCGUCUAGACCGCCCGUGCGACGCUCUGUGGCCACCUCUGCUGUUGCUGCUCUCGCUCUGUACCUGGCCGUGCUGCCAGGGCCGGCCGUUUGCCAUGCCCGAGCCGGCCGUGAAUGUGGCAGUGGUGUUCAGCGGCUCCGUCUACCAGGUGGAGAUAAAAGGCCGCCUGAGCCGAGAGAACUUUAUGGAUCUGCCAUUGGAGGUGAAUCCAAUCACGGUGCUGGUGAACGACAGCAACCCUCGGGCACUGCUGACACGGAUCUGCGACACGCUGGCCGCCAAUCGGGUGCACGGCGUGGUGUUCGAGGACAACAUCGGCUCGGAGGCUGUGGCACAGAUCCUCGACUUCAUAUCGACACAGACGUCCGUGCCUAUUGUCGGAAUCAGCGGGGGAUCUGCUGUAGUCCUGCCACACAAGGGUGAUGGCUCCACCUUCCUGCAGCUGGGUGCUUCCAUCGAGCAGCAGAUCAAUGGAAUGUUCAAGGUGAUGGAGGAGUACAACUGGGACAGUUUUGCAGUGGUGACUAGUCAGUACCCUGGCAACGAGGCCUUCGUAGACUAUGUCCGCUCCUUCACGGACACCUCCUACUUCCUGUGGGAGCUUCAGGAUGUCCUCACGUUCGACAUGUCGGCUGAUGUCAUGAACGACAUCCGGGCGCGGCGUCUGCUGCAGCAGAUUGACGCUCAGGUGCUUCUGGUCUACUGCUCUUAUGAUGAAACCCAGUAUUUGUUCAGCGUGGCCAGAGAGGUGGGCUUGGUGGGACCUGGAUAUAUUUGGAUUAUCUCCAGUUUGGCAGUGGGGAAUCCUAACCUUCCUCCUCCUGAUAGCUUUCCUGUGGGACUGAUCAGCAUCAUAACGGACCGCUGGAAGAUGAGUCUGAGGAACAGAGUGAGAGAUGGCGUGGCCAUUGUGGUAAAAGCGGUGGAAAGCUUCCGUAAGCACAGAGGCUUUGUUCCUGAUGGGCACGCAGACUGCCAAAGUCCGGUGCUGCCAGAAAACAAUGACACGUUAUUCAAGCACAUGUUGAAUGUAACGUGGGAACACACAGACUUUUCAUUCAACAGUGAUGGAUACCUGGUGAACCCUGCAAUGAUUAUAAUCACGCUGGAUCGGGACAGGCAAUGGGACAAGGUGGGAAGCUAUGAGUGGGGCAUACUGCAGAUGCGCUAUCCUGUCUGGCCCCGCUACGGAACAUACCUGGAGCCGGUGUCCGACAAUCGGCAUCUAACGGUGGCCACCCUGGAAGAGAGACCGUUCGUAAUAGUGGAGGCUGUAGACCACAUCACUGGCACGUGUCUGAGCAACACCGUGCCCUGCAGACGCCAGUCGAACAAAACCGAGGCGAUUGUUGGAGAGACAGAGCCCUACAGCAAACUGUGCUGUAAAGGUUUCUGCAUCGACAUUCUGAAGAAACUCUCCCGCAACAUCAAGUUCUCCUACGACCUUUACCUCGUCACCAACGGUAAACACGGCAAGCUCGUCCGAGGAGUCUGGAACGGCAUGAUCGGAGAGGUGGUCUACAAAAGAGCUGACAUGGCUAUCGGAUCUCUCACUAUAAACGAGGAACGUUCUGAAAUCAUCGACUUCUCAGUGCCGUUUGUUGAGACCGGGAUCAGUGUGAUGGUGGCCAGGAGCAAUGGAACCGUCUCACCCUCUGCCUUUUUGGAGCCGUACAGCCCUGCCGUGUGGGUGAUGAUGUUCGUGAUGUGUCUGACCGUGGUGGCCAUCACCGUGUUUGUGUUUGAGUACUGCAGUCCCGUAGGGUACAACCGCAGCCUGGUCAGUGCCAAAGAUCCUGGUGGACCAACCUUUACCAUUGGGAAGUCAGUGUGGCUACUGUGGGGGAUCGUGUUCAACAAUUCUGUCCCCAUCGAGAACCCCAAGGGAACCACAAGUAAGAUCAUGGUACUGGUGUGGGCCUUCUUUGCGGUUAUCUUUCUGGCCAGCUACACAGCCAACCUGGCAGCAUUUAUGAUCCAGGAGCAAUACAUCGACACUGUUUCUGGACUGAGUGACAAAAAGUUCCAGAAGCCUCAGGAGCAGUACCCGCCGUUUCGGUUUGGAACCGUGCCUAAUGGCAGCACUGAGCGCAAUAUAAGGAGCAACUAUCCCGAGAUGCACUCCCACAUGGUCAAAUAUAAUCAGAAGGGUGUGGAAGAUGCCCUGAACAGUCUCAAAACUGGCAAACUUGAUGCAUUCAUCUACGAUGCGGCCGUGCUGAACUACAUGGCUGGUAAAGAUGAGGGAUGUAAGCUGGUGACCAUCGGAAGUGGGAAGGUUUUUGCGACUACGGGUUACGGCAUUGCCCUUCAGAAGGAGUCACGCUGGAAGCGUCCUAUCGACCUCGCCCUGCUCCAGUUCCUGGCUGACGGUGAUACUCAAAAGCUGCAGACGGUGUGGCUGACCGGGAUCUGUCGCAAUGAAAAAAAAGAAGUCAUGAGCUCCAAGCUAGACAUCGAUAACAUGGCAGGGGUUUUCUACAUGCUGCUGGUGGCGAUGGGCCUUAGCUUGCUAGUGUUCGCAUGGGAGCACCUGCUGUACUGGAAACUGCGCCACUCUGUACGCAAGUCUGAACGUCUGGACUUCCUACUGGCCAUCAGCAGAGGGAUUUACAGCUGCUUCAAUGGAGUGGAGGACAUGGAUCACAAUGGAAGCAUACAGGGCCCAGAUGUUACCACCAGUUACACCCAGGCCAACAUGCUCAAGAUGCUUAAGACGGCCAAAGAUAUCGUUUCCUCCACCAGAGUCGAGAACUCCUUGGAUAAUGCCACUAAGACCAUCGAGAACUGGACCCGUCGGGGCCCAGAUGUGAAUAAACCUAGUCUUCCGACCCGCUUGAUAAGCACUGAUUCCACUCAUGGCCGGUUGCCCUAUAUUUCCAGUGUCACUGACAACCACACACCAUAUCCCCACAGAGCACUGACUCCCACUUUACCUCUGCAUUAUGGAGAUAACAUCACCCAGACCUUGCACGAGAAGAGUCGAAUCCUGACAAGGCCUACGCCGUUACGCUACACUCUUCCUGCACGGACAAGUCACCAUCAGGUAUACGGACGGACCCUACCCAUUUCUAGUCUUAGCAGUCCCCAUAUUGCAUUGAGGGACCCACCACCUCCAACAGCCCCUAAACCCCAGCACAGGUUUUACAUGGACAGUCAGACCUGUCCAACAACCUCGCCCUUUUUCCCUUACCGUGAGUUUCAAGUCCCCAACAUCUAUGUGGAACACCAGGAACCCUUGGAGACCCGAAAACUGUACACUGAAGGCCAAGGCCACAAGAAGAGGUCCCACAGUUAUGUGGCACCUUCACCGGAAACUCGGCGCAGGAACGAUUACGAUGAACCGUCUGCUUGCUUGGCUGAACUCAGCGCUAAUCACCUUAUGGAGAACCAUUCCCAUACUACACCCUGCCUGGGAAGUCACUACCAGAGGCCCAGUGCUAGCUGCAACUCCUGCAUUAAACCAUACCUAGAGCCAGAUUUCGAAGACGUUCCUCUGCUGGGGAAGGAAAAACUAAACCGCCGCGCCUCUUUUCUCAGGGCCACGUGGGGUGGCGACAGAAUGCGGCAUCUGGACGAAAAGCCUUCCACCUCUGCGUCUUCUUCAAGACGGAUGAACAUGCCUGACCUCUUCCCUCGUGUGGUGGUGGCGAAUCCCAAGCCUUUGAAAAUGUACGCCAGUGCUGGUAAAAACUUUAGCUAUAACAUGCCAGUCGAGCCAGAAUAUUUGGACCCGGCCCAUAUGUGCUCUUACCCAUACAAGCCACAGAAACUCAAAUGUUCUCAGUCCACCCGGCUCCCCUCAUACCGGGAGGCGCUUCUGCAGAACGCGGCGGCAUUGCGUCGGUCUUCUUCCACGGUGGUGCACAGACAUUACUCCACCUUCCUGAACUCAUACAAUGAUCUUCCGGUAUAUGUGGGGCCCACACACUUCUACAAUCACCCCAAAGACACGUGCCACAUGUUUCCCUGCGUCAACCACUGCCCGAAUGAUGUCGCCCUGAUACCCCGGUUAGACGGCAGGCCUGUAAUGUACCAAAAUGCUGCUUUUGGAAGCUAUGAGGGCACUGGAUGCUCACACCAGGACCUACCAAUGCAGACAUUGCACACUCUCCCAGCGUCCUCCAGGAAAAGCGAACGCAGACGAGUUUUGGUGGCACACAGAGCUAACAGUCCUUAUCUGCCAAAGCCUUGGGGUAGAGUGUCUAGUCUAGAGUCUGAGGUCUGAAACCUUUAAUAAUGGUGCCUCAGAGCUCGAAGACCUCUCCCACUAUGGACGUAGAGUGGGAGAGGCCUGGAACUGCAACUUUAAAGCAGACGGAAGGUGGACUAUUCUCUAAAGCGAUAUUCUCAAUGCAAUAAUAUGUACGGUAGCAGGGAUGGGAGAGGAGCUGACUGUGUGAUUACUGCUGGGAAUAAAUAUUUAAAUGUAUAAAAAAUAAAUCCAAUAUUAAAUCAUUCUUAAUAUAUUAUAUUCGAGCAUAUACAUUGGUAUUUAAACACCUUUUUAAAUGCAAAUAUGUAAUAACACAAAAAUACAAAACCAAAAAAAAACCCUGAUUGGGAGCAGGUUGCGAGGCAGCCUUUUUUGUAGCUUUUAUGUCGGAGCAAUUCAGCAUUCCACAAUUUUUCAAGUCCAAACUACGGGGAACUACAGAAUUUAAAGCUGUUUCAAGGUCUUCCAAUUUUUUUGUAACUUCAGAGUUUAAAAAAAGACAUUUUUUAUUUGCAGUAGUAAAUGUGACACAUUUUAAGACUGGUGGACCUGAACGAUUUUGCUGCCUGUAUUUCCACGACUGUCUUACUGUUUAGUAAGAGACUGGUGGCUUAAAGGUCCUUUCAGAAUAAGCUCUGUUGUCCUACCCAUGAAAAA